UUGUAGUUUAUUGUGGCAAUAGAGCUCUCUGACAGAGAAGGAUAAAUGUCUCACAAAACUACAGUUCCCAGAGUUCCCUAGCAUUGUGCUGCUGCAGUUAAAACGGUCUCAAACUGGAUUGUUCCUGCAGUAUGUUCUGGGGCACAGAAAACUAACAUUCACGUUUUUUGGUCGUGCUCCAAAGGGAGGACAUUUUGGAAUGCCUCUUGGACAGAAAGCUGAAAUGGAGGACAGGCCCUUGGAAAGGAGGACGCACAUUCACCUUGGUGGAGGAAUCAAUAACAUGAAGUCUCCCAAUGAAGUUCCUGAUAAGCCUCUCCAAACUGGGCCUUGUUUUCCUCUCUAGUGAAUUCAGUGUUGGAUGACGACUGGAGAGCUGGAUUCGAAUCUCCACUCACACACUGGGUCACCUUGGGCAAGUCACACUCUCUCAGCCUCAGAUGUGGCAAUGGCAAACUCCUGGAGACACUUACCAAGAAAAUCCCAUGAUUAGGUUCACCUUAGAGUUGCCAUAAGACAGAAACGCACACAUCUUUGUGCUUUAAAAUGAAGUUGUCUGAGUUAGUAAUAAGCAGUUUGUGAAGACGAAGGCUUUUAUUUUAAGUAUCCCAAAAGUGCUGCUGGUGUUUUUUAAGAAGCUGAUGGUUGCUGACUGAGGAGCAAAAAGAAAAGUAUGCAGAAAUGGCUCGCCAGUGGAAGGCUGAGAAAGCGAGAGUAGCAGCAGAAAAGGCAUCCAGACCAGUUCCAGCAUCUCUUCCCACACAAGCCCAGGAAAGAGUUCCUACAAACUUCACCAGUCCACUUCAAAAGUGUGAUCAAGUUAUGCUUGAAACCUCAUUCUACUUCCUGAAUAUCUUGAGCCAUGGAAUGCUGCCCCCUCAUUGCAAUCAGCGUUUUCUCCCUUGUGAAAUUGGCUGUGUCAAAUAUUCUCUUCAGAAAGGCAUAAUUGCAGACUUCCAUCGUUUUAUAAAUCCUGGAGUGGUACCUCGAGGUUUUCGAUUUCAUUGCCAGGCUGCAAGUAAUUAUUUACCAAGAAAGUUGGAAAGUGAUCCAUAUAUAUUCAGUGAUGCUACACACAAAAUUCCUUUAUCAGGAUUUGACUUUGCAACUGCAGAUCCUUCUGUUGUGUUGCAUGAAUUGUACACAUUCAUCCAGCCACGUUGGGGUACCUGGCCACCUGUAUAUUGUAAGUCUGAUGACCAAUUUAGAGUCCGUUGGUGCUUGAAGCACAUGGCUAAAGAAGCAGGUGCUGUAAAUAAUCUGGAGAUUCUCAACGUGGAGGAUCUUAUUAUAGAGUUGUAUUAUCAGAAGCUUCAAAAAGAGCCUUCUAAGAGUUGGGUGUGCAACACAUUGGAUGCUGCCAUGUGGGAUUAUUCAACCAAUACUAGGUGCCAGUGGCAUGAAGAAAAUGAUGUUCUAUUCUGUGCUCUUGCUACUUGCAAAAAGAUUGCAUACUGCAUCAGCAGUUCCCUAGCAGAUAUGUUUGGCAUACAGCUAACUGCAUCUCAUUUACCUCUGCAUGAAAGCAACUCCAAAAAAACAGUGAACCCUAAGAUGGUCGUACUGGAUGCUGGACGUUUCCAGAAAAUCACAACUGAGUGCACUGGAAAUUAUAGGUACAUCACACCACCAAAUCAGGAUCAGGGUACUGGUCGUCCUGCAGGAGUGAAGACAAUGUAUGAACCAGCUACUAGAUGCGGAAGAGGAAUUGCAAGGUUUUUUGGAAGCAUUUCUAACCAGUCCAGCAGCUAGAUGGUCAUAUUAAAGUGCCUCCUAGCCAGAACAUCUCUUUAUGAUUCCUGACAUCUUUGAAAAUUCAAAGGCAUUACAAUUCUGUGUCUUUCAUAUUAAAUGCUUGUUGUCCUUAGUGGAAUGAGGAGAAAAAAAAGUUCCAUUAUUUUUAUUACUAUUAUUAUUAUUAUUAUUAU